GCCCAAACGGGUCCUAAUUUUGACUGAUAUUAUCAAACGGAGAGAGAGUGAGAGAGAGAGACAUAUGCCAUAUUUUACUCCUCAGCUCUUUCUCCAAGUCAUUCAAAACCAAUGUAGAAGCGCUCACCAUCUAUUCCAAGUGCAGACCCUUUUACUCACAUCAGGCCUCCUCCACCCACAUUUUCCUAUUUCAAAUUCAAAUCCAAACAGAAAUUCCAAUGCAAAUGCUACUUCAAGAAGCACCUUCUUCUACAACACUCUCAUUAGAGCUCAUCUCCACCUCCAAAACCCCUACAACAGCCUCCUCCUCUUCACCCACAUGCUCGCCCAUCCCUCCCCACCCAAUAGCCAUACCUUCCCUUCUCUCAUCCAAGCCGCUUCGUCGUUUCCGCCCACAGGAAAAUCCAUCCAUGCCCAAGUCAUCAGGCGUGGACUGUCGCUCGACCUGUUCGUUAACAGCUGCACCGUCAAAUUCUACGCGCAGCUUGGGGAACUUCCAGACGCCCGCCAGACUUUCGACGAAAUUGCCUGGCCGGACAUUGUCUCCUGCAAUUCCAUGCUGGAUGCCCUCUGCAAGAAUGGAGAUGCAGAUUCCGCUCUCAAUCUGUUCGGUCGGAUGCCCGAGCGUGAUGUUGUUUCAUGGACUAGUAUCAUUAACGGGUUUGCAAGAAACCGGCAGUCCCGCGAUGCAAUUCAGUGGUUUGGGAGGAUGAUUACAAUGCAUGAAGUGAGACCCAAUGAAGCAACAUUGGUCAGCAUCCUCUCCGCUUGUGCAAAUUUAGAUGGAGGAGCUUUGUAUCAAGGGAGGCAGAUCCAUGCUUAUGUUAUCAAGAGCGAGGUUCCUGUAACGACUUUUUUGGGGACAGCAUUGAUUGACAUGUAUGGGAAGAGCAGUUGCUUGGGAUAUGCUUGGAAAGUGUUUAGGGAAAUGACUGAGAGAGGGGUGUGUACAUGGAAUGCUAUUAUCUCAUCGUUGGCUUCUAACAGUAGGGAGUUAGAAGCCUUGGACGAAUUUGAGAAGAUGAGAUUGGAAGGAAUGCAGCCGAAUGGGGUCACAUAUGUCGGGUUGCUGACUGCAUGCGCACGAGCUGGGCUGGUGGAGUUGGGGCUGGAAUGGUUCAACUCAAUGUCGCAGGACUAUGGGAUUGUUCCAACAAUGGAGCAUUAUGGGUGUGUGGUUGAUCUAUUAGGUCGGGCAGGGCUUCUGGAAGAUGCGGCCGAGUUUAUUAGGAAGAUGCCGAUGGAGGCAGAUGCUACAGUUUGGGGUGCUCUUCUGGGUGCCUGUAAGGUUCAUGGGAAUGUAGAAUUGGGAGGCGCUGCGGGGCAGAGACUGAUUGAAUUGCAGCCAAGACAUUCUGGGUGGUAUGUUGUGUUGUCAAAUAUGUAUGCAGGGGCAGGAAGAUGGGGCGAUGCUACUUUGUUCAGGGAACUGAUGGCAAAGGAAGGUGUGAAGAAGAGUGCAGGGUAUAGUAGACUGCUUGAUUUAUGAGGUGCUAUCUGCAUGUAACUUUUGAGUUGGGGAAAAGGGUAGGCCCUCAGGAUAUCCGAAUUCACUAUAAAAAUGGCUAAGCUUAGGAGUCUACAUGGGAGACAUCGACUACAACCAAUAGCUACUAUUGAGGUUGAUUUGCAAUCAUCAAUUAGUUACGGACUGAUGAUAGGGAAACUCUUCAGUGGACACUGAGACCAUCCAGCUCUAUUGGAACCUAGAGCCCACAGGAUCCAUACCUUGAAAGAUGCAUUGGCGGGACAAUCCUGACCAUCAGACGAGAACUGAUAAAUAGGCACUAAAUGAUGAAGAAUAGGUUAUAAUCCCAGCCUCAUCCAUGUGUGUUACAUCAAUGCAUUUGGUAUGGUUAGAGGGUUGCAACGAAGUGCUCCCAGUAGAUGAUCUUAAAAGAGGAAGAUGAUUCUUCCAAAUGUCUAUGUUAUGUGUUUCCAAGAUGUGGAAUUUGGUCGAUCAUCUAGUCAUUCAUUGUUCC